AAAACGUUGCGUUGUUUGUACGUUCGUUAGAGUCUGUCGAGCAGAUAAAAUAGUUUUUCUUAUUAAGUAAUAAAAUUUUGUAAUUGCAAAAGAAAUAAAGUAAAUACAUCUUAAUAGAAACUAGUCUUUAUAACUAAGUGCAAUUAUAGAAAACUAAAUUUUAAUAUUUAGUACAUGAAAGCGAACUGCCGGGGUCAAUAGUCCAAUCAUUUUUAUUUUUGUUUUUAGUAUAUUCUUUGCAUUGUUAUAAGUUAAACUAACAAAAAAGUACGUUAAGAAUAUAUUUAAUAAAAUAAAAUAAAUACACAAUUUAUGCAUCUUUACAAAAGUUGAAAAAUGUCUACAUUGCUUAAACUUACGAGGGCAACCAAACCCUUUUUAAAUGGCAGUAUACGCACAGUGGCGGAUGUAGCCAAAUAUCCAAAAAUAACAACUCACUACACAAUACAUCCAAGAGAAAAAGAUGAAAGAUGGAAGGAAAUCGAGAUGGAACGCUUCGUAGACGAAGUGGACAUUGUUAUUGUAGGUGGCGGACCAGCAGGCAUGUCAGCUGCGAUACGUGCAAAACAACUAGCAGCAGAGCAAAAUAAAGAGCUACGAGUUUGUGUGGUUGAAAAAGCUGCUGAAGUUGGUGGUCAUAUACUGUCUGGUGCUGUUAUUGAUCCCAUAUCGCUAAACGAACUCAUACCAAACUGGGAAGAACUUGGUGCACCAUUAAAUACGCCAGUUGAGAAAGACACUUUCUCAUAUCUGACAAAGUCUGGCAAAAUUUCGCUACCCAUUUUUAAGGGUUGGCCAAUGGACAAUCACGGAAAUUAUAUAGUACGUCUUGGACACUUAGUUAAAUGGUUAGGGGAACAAGCAGAAGCUUUAGGAGUAGAAAUUUAUCCCGGCUGUGCGGCUUCAGAAGUGCUUUAUCAUGAGGAUGGCAGCGUUAAAGGCAUUGCUACAAAUGAUGUUGGCAUUGCUAAGGAUGGCUCUCCAAAAGACACAUUUGCACGUGGCAUGGAAUUGCAUGCAAAGACUACAAUAUUCGCUGAAGGAUGUCGUGGUCAUUUAAGCAAACAAGUAAUGCGUAAAUUUAAUUUAAUGGAAGGCAGUCAGCCGCAAACGUACGGUAUUGGUUUAAAAGAAAUUUGGGAAAUUGCACCUGAGAAGCAUGUCCCCGGUUUAGUUGAACACUCAAUUGGUUGGCCGCUCGAUAAGUUUACCUAUGGUGGUUCCUUUUUAUACCAUUUAAAUGAACCAACGCCUACAAUUGCUGUUGGCUUUGUUGUUGGUCUGGAUUAUAAAAAUCCUUGGAUUAGUCCGUUCCAAGAAUUUCAACGUUUUAAAACUCAUCCUAAAAUACGUGAUGUAUUUGAAGGUGGUAAUCGUAUUGCUUAUGGUGCACGUGCUAUAAACGAAGGUGGACUGCAAAGUUUACCAAGUAAACUAACUUUCCCUGGCGGCUGCUUGGUGGGAUGUAGUGCUGGAUUUUUAAACGUACCACGUAUUAAAGGAUCUCACUAUGCUAUGAAAAGCGGUAUGCUUGCUGCUGAAAGUGCCGUCGAUGCCAUAUUAAAUGAAAAACAAGAGACUGCUGGUAUUGAACCAACUUCCUAUCCCUAUAAAAUUAUCAAUUCCUUUGUUUGGUAUGAUUUGCAUAAAGUGCGUAACGUGCGUCCAUCGUUCCAUAAUCCUUUAGGUCUUUAUGGUGGUGUGGCAUUCAGUGGCGUAUCUAUAUUACUGGGUGGUACAGAACCAUGGACUUUAAAACACGGUCCACCUGAUCAUGAAACUCUAAAACCAGCUUCCGAAUGUAAACAAAUUGUAUAUCCUAAGCCAGAUGGUAAAAUCUCUUUUGAUUUGCUGUCUUCUGUGGCUUUAACGGGCACUAAUCAUGAAGGCGACCAGCCAGCGCAUCUAACAUUAAAAGACGAUCAUAUACCUGUCGAUCAUAAUUUAGCUUUAUACGAAGGACCAGAGCAGCGUUUCUGUCCUGCUGGCGUUUACGAAUAUGUACCCAACGAAGAGGGUGGCAAUAUGAAGCUACAAAUCAAUGCUCAAAAUUGCAUUCAUUGUAAAACUUGUGAUAUUAAAGAUCCAAAACAGAAUAUAAACUGGGUCGUGCCAGAAGGUGGCGGUGGUCCGGCAUACAAUGGCAUGUAAAUUUUGGUGCCAAACGAUUUUUUCAUAUUGCAUUUAUUAGUUUUAAAAUUAAUACGAGUAUUUUUAUAAAUUUUGUAGUAAAUUCAAAUA